GACCUCAGCCUUUUGAAUUAAAGGAAUUGAAGGAAAAUGAUGGAAAAGAGUGGAAUAGAGAGGACACCACCUGGGACUCCUCCACCAAAUCCGGCAGGACUGGCUUCUGCUGCUAUGGCCUCUACUCCAGUUCCUUUAGCUGCAACCAGUUCUUUCUCUCCUCCAAAUGUGUCCUCUGUGCAUUCCUUACCACCACACUCAUACUCCACCCCUCAGCCAUCCCUUCCUCCCGUGAGGCCAUCAGUACCGUUAUCUUUUGUGCCUCCUCCUCCAGUUCCUUCUGCUCCACCUCUUGUUACUUCUGUCCCACCUUCUGCUGCUCCAUCAACUGCUGCUGCCUUCAGUAGUCCUCCUUUAUCCCAGUUCCCACCUUCAACUUCUGCCCCAAGCACUCUUUUAUCAGCUCCCUCUUCGGGUCCUCCCACAUCGGGAUUUUCUGUUGGUUCAACUUACGACAUUACAAGGGGUCAUGCAGGAAGAGCUCCCCAGACACCCCUGAUGCCAUCAUUUUCUGCACCUGCAGUAACAGGUGUUUUGCCAACUCCUAUGACUCAGCGAGCCAGUUUGACAUCUCUGGCACAGGGAAGAACCACAUCAGCCAUUACUUUCCCAGAGGAACAAGAAGAUCCUAGGAUUGGUAAUAAUCAGGAUGAAGCGUCUCCUGGUGGAAUCUGGGGUUUUAUUAAGGGUGUGGCUGGGAAUCCUAUGGUGAAAUCUGUGCUUGAUAAAACAAAACAUUCGGUAGAAAGCAUGAUUACAACGCUGGACCCUGGCAUGGCUCCAUAUAUCAAAUCUGGAGGUGAACUAGAUAUUGUAGUGACCUCAAAUAAAGAGGUAAAGGUUGCUGCUGUCCGAGAUGCCUUCCAGGAAGUCUUUGGCUUAGCUGUGGUUAUAGGGGAAGCUGGACAGUCCAAUAUUGCCCCACAGCCAGUGGGCUAUGCAGCUGGAUUAAAAGGAGCCCAGGAACGGAUAGAUAGCUUGCAUCGAGCUGGAGUGAUCCAUCAAAAACAGACUGCUGUGUCAGUAGAAAACUUCAUUGCAGAAUUGCUGCCUGACAAAUGGCUUGACAUUGGUUGUUUGAUAGUUGAAGAUCCUGUCCAUGGCAUUCAUCUAGAAACAUUUACACAAGCCACACCAGUGCCGUUGGAAUUUGUACAACAGGCUCAAAGUCUAACUCCCCAGGACUACAGUCUAAGAUGGUCAGGCCUUUUGGUAACAGUGGGUGAAGUCCUGGAAAAGAGUUUGUUAAAUGUCAGCCGGACUGAUUGGCACAUGGCCUUUACUGGCAUGUCUCGUCGACAGAUGAUCUACAGUGCAGCCAAAGCAGUAGCAGGAAUGUAUAAACAGCGUCUACCACCUAGGACCAUGUGAGAGAAGACUUACCUAGGAUACAGAGACUUUUCCUCUCUUUUUAGCUUGUUGUUAAAAAAGAGAUUACACCUUCUUUAAAUUGAAUAGCUUUAUUGAAUCCUGCAGUUUUUAUAAUUUUCCCGAGUC